CCGCCGCAACGAUGAAGGCGUCGCGUCGUCAGAGCAGCUCGCAACGGAGCACGAAGCGACUGCAAGCGUCGUACAAGCUCACGGUCCAUGGGCCCGAGUAUGGUACGGGGGAAGAGCUCGUGAUCAACCCGGAAGCCUUCCCGGAUGCCAAGGUGCAUGACCUCUGGGAGAUCUCGCAGCCCGACCGCGAGCACCCGCGACUCGUCAUGCAGAUCCGGUCGCUCGCGCCGAUCCGCGGCAAAUUUCAAAUAAGCAUCUUGAAGGACAUUGCGGCGCAGUUCCAGCUCGACACAUACCACGAGGUCGUCGUGCAGAAAAUCGAGCCCACGGACGCGACCGUCGACUUUAUCGAGCUCUCGUUCAAGGACCAGUUCAUGUCCCGCGCCGACAUCUGGCGCUACAAGGUAGCCAUGAUCGGGCGUUGCAUGUACGCGGGCAAGAUGUACGAGACCUUGGGCACGCGCGCGCAGGCCGAGAUGCUCUUGGCGAACGAGAAGACAGUGCUCUGCGGUGUCAUGGCCAGCCACACCAAGCUGAUCCUCCGCUCCAAGUCCUCGCGCAUCUUUUGGCUCAUCCACAUGAGCCGCGAGAUGUGGGACUUUGACGACGACGGCGAAAUGUACUUUGAGAAGCUCGUGAACCGCCUCGUCCGGGGCCUUGUCGCCAAGUGGCAGGAGACGUCGGUGAGCCACUCGGUGACCGUCCUCAUGUUCUCGCGGAGCUACUACGAUAAGGACCAAUUUCCCAACGACUACGACCCGACGGCGUACGCCUUUGUGAACGAGUGCCAAUCGCAAGGCUUUGGACCGGGCGUGGCGGCCGCCCACAUGGCGCAUGGGCACGGUCCAUCGAUCAACGUCGACUGCGACGGCCGGUAUUACGAAGAUUUCUACAAUGUGAUCGUGCAAGACUACACGGGCCCGGACUGGUCCCAGCUCUUCAAGGUCCUCAAGCACGAGUUUGCUACGUAUGCGCAGCAGCACCGGUGGCGGCUCCCGCAAGACACGCAGCUCGCCACAUACGACGUCCGACGCGUCGACGACCCGGUGACGAACGCGCCCGCCUUUGCGGUGCAGUGGACCGAGCUGCCUCAUGGCGUGCCAGCGCGCGCGAUCGACGGCAACAUGCUCGAAGCCAUCAACGUGACGCUCAACAUCUUUGACAAACACUACAUGGACCGCGACCUGUACCGCGCCGGCCAGGGCAUCGUCAUGAUCACGGCCGGCUGCAGCGUGUACAAGGUUCGGCAGCGCCUCGCGCAGAUCACCAAGCAGCGCAUGAUGGACACGGGUGUCGGCAUGGACAUGAUCUCGCUCACAAAGCCACCGAUGCACCCGGUGCCACUCUUUAUUUGGCAGAAAAAAUGCGCCAAAGACUUGCCGACCGUCACGAGCUCGCCGCUGUUUUGCGUCGCGGAGGACCAGAGCAUUCCGCUCGCGCCGCUCUCGCCGACGAUGCAAACGCCAGCGCCGACGAUGGAUGCGUCGACGUACAACGUGCCUCAUUGGAUCAACGUGAGCUUCCUCGACUUUGACUGCACGUGCGGCGCGGCGAAGAAGAGCUUGCUGCGCUGCGCCUGUCUCGACGCGCAAAACGAAGCGUUCCACGCGCUCCCGGCCUCGCGCAUGUUUGACAUCAUCGCGCCCGAAGCGUGCAUGGUCUUUCCCGUCGCGCUGCGCAAGCUCUUGGCGCCGUCGCUGCCGUCGCCGCGCGCACCGACCCGCGGCGCGAUCUUAUCGCAACUCACGCGUCUCCAUACGCCGCCGGCGUCGUGGAGCAUCGAGAAGGCGCCUGCUCACAUGCACGAGUGGUGGCUCCAGCCGCACAUGUCGACGCGCGAUCUGCUCGCCGAGUACGACGACACGGUGUUCGACUUGAGCGACAUGAUGGCGCCCAAGCCGGUACCGUACGGGAAGCGCCCGUCGAUCGUCUACAUGGACACUCUGCAAGCGAGCCCGGGACUGCCGCCGAUGAUGACACCGUCCUUUGCGCGGCGAAUCACGAGCAUGCACAACCUCCAGCGCCACAACAGCGGCGCGACGCCCAACCGAAGCGCGGCCACGUCGCUCAGCCGGAGCUUCCCGAAGACACCGGACUUUGGCCCGCGGAGCCCGCUCAUGGACGGGAGCCCGACCGAGUCGUUACAACCGAAUGUGUCGUCUUUUGACCUUGGCACGUCGAUGGACUCGAGCAUGAGCAUGAUGAAGCACCGGAGCAUGACGGACUUUCUCGUGAGUCCCCGCAGCCGCAUCUCGUCGUCCGAGCUCCCAUCGUCGUCGCCCAUUACCAGCAAGCCUGUCCGCGUGAGUGCGCCGACGCACAUGAAUCCGUUCCAGCUCAACGAGUGCUCGACGCGGCUGACCUCGAACCGGCGGCGCUGGAGCCACAUCUUUCCGUGGAGUCAGUCGGAGCACUGGAUCUCGGGUCCGAAUUGGAAGUCGCUCGUCAACCCCGCGGUGCUGCCGCUCACAACCGACUACUACCCGGCGCCGAACGAGCUCCAUACGAGCUACACCGAGUCGUUCUAUACGCUCAUGCUGCUCGAGAACAGUUCGAGCUUGAGCACGCACCAACUCCUCGUCGAGAUGGUGUGCCAGCGGCUCUCGUGCGACUACCAGCUCGUGACGCUGCCCGACGACGACGUCAAGAUAGACGCCGUGCCGACGGUUUACCGCCUCUCGAUGGGCCACCGCAUCCACGUCCUCAACUAUGAUGAGCAGCAGCAAACCGUGGACGUCAAGUGCUACUUUAAGCGACCCAAGACGUACGCUGCGUCCAACGAACCCGUCGUGUACCAGUACUCGCUCUACAACGGCCUCACCAAGUCGUUCCAGAAGGAGCAACAAGCGUUCUACGAACUCCCGUAUCCCCACGACAACUGGAAUACCACCGACAACCUCCUCUCUGGGUAUGUGGACACGAUGCCCGACAGCUCCAAGUGCCGACGCAUCCGCUUCGUCAUCGUACCGCCGAUUGGCAUUGCGACGACCGUCGACGAAGCCGCGUACUUUGCCAAGUUUCAAAAGGUGCUCGACUUUUUCCAGUCCAAAGUCGGCAAGGUCGUUGUGAACGUGACGCUGCGGACGUCGACCGACGCGUUGAAAGCGGCAUCGAACGAACCGGGCGCGCCGAAAAAGUCGACCGCCCGCGACUACUACCGCGUCAACUGCAGCACGUCGGCGCGCUUGGGCGUCGACUGCCGAAGCGAGUGGCUCAUGCUCCUCCUCGACCAAGUGCACGACGUCGGGUCGACAUACCACGUCGACGUGCGCUGGCUUGCGUGCAGCGGGUCGGUCGUCGAGGACUUCAUCUCGGGCCUUCGGCGCAAGUGCAAGCAGGCCGGCGUCGAGCUGCGGCGCAUUCCCGAGUACACGCAGGUCCACUACCUCCAAGUCCACCCGUUUCUGUCGCCGAUGCUGCUGCCGUUUCCGCUCGCGAGCCUGCGCGGGUGCGCGCUGCGCGCGAUGGACGAGAUCCACACGCAGCUCGUGCUGCUCGGCUUCAUCCGCGACGGCGCCCACGUCGCGGGCUCGGCCGGCAUUGGGUACGGCCUCGGCAUUGAGCAGCGCAAGCCGCGCCAGCCGGUUUUGCGCAAGUCGUCGAGUUAUGUCUCCAAGCUCGACCAGUGGAAGGAGCGCGGGUACGAGCAGUACAUGCACCGGAGCGCGCCGGUCUUUCUGCGCGUCCUCCACGACGCGCUCGUUUGGAUUCCGAGCUAUGCGUACGAGACGGCGUUCGAGCUCACGCCCGACGUGCUCUUCACCAAGGUCUGCCAAUGGAUGCUCAAGUCCCUCGAGCGCAAAAUGCGCUCAGAUAGCGUCUAACCAAUGCAGGGACUUCUACCCCUCACCGUGCUAGCUAAUAUGACUGUCCC